AUGCUGUACAUCCCACAAACCAUUAGUGGAGGGGGAGGGCUGAAGGUUUGGGAUGUCGUGGUACAGGGGACGGGUGGGGCGGUGGGCGGCUUGCAGGCGCUGGGAACCACGAAGCUGGUGAUCGCGGAGAUCGGGGGGGCCGGGCAUGUGGCGACCCCCCGUCCUGGCGCUUACCAGAUGGUAGAUGUAGUACAAAAGGUGUCCCAAUGGCUGCUGCAGCGCAAUUACUUGCUCACCGCGCUGGAGCUGCUCAUGGAGGCAGGGGAGGCGGGGCGCGAGGCGGAGGUGGAGACCCUGGAGCACCUCUUCUCCGACCCCACCCUCUUCCCGCCGGAGCAGAUGGCGGUGUUCACGGGGCGUGAAGCCCUGGACCUGCAAGCCACGGCGCGGGCCCGGGAGGAAAGGCUGGCGGUGCCGCGCUCCCCGAGGCUGGACCCCACGCAGCGGCGCGUCCUGAACGACAUCGUCAUGCGGUACCUGCUGGACCAGGGGUACCGCGUGACGGCGGGCACGCUGCGCGCCGAGGCGGGGUCCGGCGUCCCCCCCUUGCAGACCGCCGCGCCUGGGACCCUGGCCCCCGAGCCUCCCGCGCUGGCCGCCUGCCACGACGCCGUCGCCCAGCUGGCGGACGCGCGCGCUGAGCUGGCGGCCACUGCCGACGCGCUGGGCACGGCGCGCGUCCAGCUGGCGGACGUGCGCGAGGCGGAGGCGGAGGCCCAGCGCCGGCUGGAAAGCGCGGCGGAGGAGGGGCAUCGCCUGCAGGCCGCUUUAGAUUUCGAGGCGAGCCGGGUGCGGGACCUGGAGGAGCGGCUGGCGCAGAAAGGGGGGAAUGGAGCGGGGGACGAGGAGGCUGGGGACGGCUGGGGCAAGGGCCAGCGGGGGAGCUCCCCCGCCGCGCUUUCCGCCGCGGCUGCGCGGUCCGCGCUGGAUGAGGUGGCGGCCUCCCUGCCCGCGCUGCUCCCGCAUGUCCUCAUCAACCGGAGACAAGAGGCGGUGCCGCUGCUGCUGGCACUGGCACGGGAGCACCCCCAGCUGGAGACCCGCAGCGCCAUGGCCGCCUGCCUCUUCAACCUGAUCAAGAAACCCAGCGCCGAGCAGAGGGAGAUGCUGGUGGGUGCGUGCGUGCGCCUGGCGUCGGCCGUGUCCCCCACCCGAGUCCAGCUGGAGCUGCUGCCCGCGCUGUGCUCCGGCGCGGACGCCGACGCACUGGAGCGGCGCCUGCUGGUGGCCGAGGCGGCUGCGGCGCUGGCGCCGCUCUUUCCUCGCGCGGCGUUGGCCGGCGCGGCGCUGGGCCUGGCCGACCACCUGGCGCACGACGCCGAGGCGGUGGUGCGCCUGGCCGCGCUGCGCGCGCUGUGCGCGCUCCUCCGCGCGCGUGUGGCGCCGGGCGCCGCGGGCCGCCUGCGCGAUCUUGCCCUGCACCUCGUGCUCGACCCCGGCGCGGAGGUGGCCGCCGCCGCGCAGGACGAGCUUGUGCCCGCGCUGGCGGACUGGGCGGCGGGCGGGGACACGGGCUCGAAGAACGGCGGGGGUGUGCUGCUGGACCUGGCGGCACCCGCGCUGGAGGCGCUGGGGGCGGGGCUGGCGCGCGCGCCCUUCCUGGCCGGCACGCCCGAGGAAAGCGUGGCGGCGGGGUCCGCCGUCCUUCGCGCGCCCUCCGGGGCCGUCGUCUGGCGGGCCAUGGCACUGCUGCAGAUGCUGCUGGGCCUGCUGCCGGCAGUGCAGCGGCUGGCGGCCGCCACCAUCCCCCCGUGGGCGGGCAGGGCGCAGCGAGACGGGGAGGAGCGGGACGGUGCGGCGUCAGGCGACGGCCAUGCCUCGGGCCCGGUCCUCGCCGCCGCGCUCGAGGCGUGGUGCGCCUCGAGCGGCGCCGGCGCGGCGCACGAGUGGCCGGCGGUGGACUGCCUUGUGCUGACCAUCGUGCCUGCUGUCGUCGGCGCGGCGCGUCUCGUGGCACCCGUCCCGGAGACCAAGGGACUGCGCCAGCGCUUUGCGGCGGUGCUCAAGACCGUGUGCCUGGGUCUGGGGGAGGCAGCCUCCGCCGCUGCAGUCGAGCCCCUGGUGUACACCGCAGGUCACCCGCACGCCACCGCCAAGGCCGUGCGCUUUGCCUGCGCGGAGGCCUUGUCUGUUCAGAACGCGGUGCUGGAGACGCUCGCGGAAGGCGUGGGGUCGGGGUCGGCAGAGGGCUGUGUGUGCAUGGCCUUGCUGGCUGGGGCCGUGGCCCCGACGCUGCCUGGCCGGCAGGCGCAGCGCCGGCUCAUCCCACUCCUGGUGGCGCUGAUGAGCACCCGACCGCGGGCGGCGCAGGGGGAGGCGGCGCGCUCCGUGAGCCAGCAGGACGACGAGGAGUGGGAGGAAGGGAAUCCAGACCCCUCGCCCCCGCCUGCCGUCCUGCUGGCGGCCAUGUCGGCGGCGGCGGAGGUGCUGGCCGCCUUCCCCGAGGACGCGGCGGUGCAGACGGAGCUGGCUGCCGAGCUGGACCGGGCCGCGGGCCGGGGCGGGGAGCGCACUGAGCUGGCGCUGCUGCACGGCGUGGCCCGCCUCGUCGCGUCGGCCACGCUGCGCCAGCUGGAGUGGGUACUGCAGAGGGUAUUGCUCCUCCUCGCCACCAUCCACCAGCGCGCGAGCUGCGGUCGGACGCAGGAGCAGCUGCGGGCCGCGGCGCGGGUCGCCUUUGCCGUGCUGUACCAGGUGGACCUGUCCCGCCUGGAGCCAGGGUCGCGGGUGGCCCUGCACCUGGCGGCGGCGCUGGGCGCGCUCCAGCGCGAGGCCGACCUGCUGGACCCCGGCCAGCGCGACGUGCUGGCGGCGGUCAUGGCCGACGCCGGGGUGGAGGGCACGGCGUCGCCGGCCGCGGUACCGGGCCUGGGGCCCAGACUGCCCGUCCCGACCCUGGCACCCGAUCCGGAGGGCGUGGAGGCCCUGGCACGCACACUGUUCGUCCCCGGCAAGGUCUUCCAGGACUGGCGCUGGGACGACAUCCUGGAGGCAUGA